AUGGCAUCCACCGCUUGUUUCAUCAUUGUUAGCAGAAAUGAUAUUCCUAUAUAUGAAGCUGAAGUUGGAGUAGCUGCUAAAAGGGAGGACGCUGCUCAGCUGCAUCAAUUUAUCCUACACGCUGCUCUCGAUGUUGUCCAGGACCUUGCAUGGGCUACUACUGCUAUGUACUUGAAAUCGGUAGAUAGGUUUAAUGAACUCGUGGUGUCCGUGUACGUCACAGCUGGUCAUACCCGAUUAAUGUUGCUUCAUGAUUCGCGUAACGAUGAUGGCAUUAAGAGCUUCUUCCAAGAAGUGCAUGAGCUUUACAUAAAGACUCUUCUUAAUCCUCUAUACUUGCCUGGCUCCCGAAUCACAUCAUCACAUUUUGAUACGAAAGUCCGUGCCCUUGCAAGAAAGUAUCUGUAG